AUGGAGGGCGCGCUCGGAGAGAGCAUACGUCGAGAGACCAUCGUGAUUGACUCCGACGAAGACGGAGAUGGCGAAGACAGGGAAAUGCGGAAGGAGGGUUUGGGCGAAAUAGACGAAAUAAAUGCUGCGUGCAUGCGGAAGGGGGGCGGGAAUCCGCAGAGCGAGGCCUGUCUCGAGGACUCGUGGAGAGAGACGCGAGACGGAGCAGAGGAGCAAGACGAAACAUUCCAGUUGGAGGAAGACGACUUGCGGCUUUUUUCCGAAGAACAACAGAUUGAGUGGCUAGAAGAAGAGAGUGCACGCGAGACGCCUCGCGUGUUUUUUAUGUGGAACAGCCAGGAGAAAUGUUUUCAACAAAUUUCUCACCCCACUGAGCAACAUCUCUCACAGGCCAGCUAUGCGUCUCGUCUCUCACAACAGCCAAACUCUCUCCUUCCCUCUUCUACCUCUGUUUCUUCCUCUUCUUCCUCUACUUUGUCCUCUUCUUCUGUCUCUUCUCCGUCUCUCGUUCUGGGGGUUCCGAGUUCGGGAGCGCGCAUUCGAGGUUUGCCUGCCUGGUUUUGUGUGCCUCUGGAGCACCGCUCUAAGGAGGCGGUGAACGCCCUGUGGCGAGACGUCCUGCGACACACCCAAGUCUACAACUCGCUGCAGAACGGCGGCGCUCCUCGCCGUCUUCCGGCGGGUUCUUCCGGGACUUCUCCGUCGACGGCGGAGCCUCCCUGCUCGCCGGCUGCUUGUCUCCCCGCCGCCCCGUCCGCGGGCCUCGCCACCGCGUCAGCAGACUCAGAGGACAUGCAGCUCCGCUAUCCUCCGUGGCUGUACCUCUCGCGGGGCACUCUGCCCUCACCUGCGCAUGCAAGCGACGUUUGGCAAGAGAUUCGCCGCGACGUGGCAGCCUUUUUGAAGAAGGGAGAGACGCGAAGGCGUUCCGCAGGCGCGACAGAAAACCCCAGGGGUCCGCUGGACGCGAAAGCAGCGAGCCCGGGAACGGGAAAGUGCGCGAGUUUCCCGGAGUCUUCUCUGCCGUCCAGCGAAGGAGACAGAGGCUACGAACUCUCCGGUCAAGAAGGGGACCGACGGCAAGGCGCCGACAGUGGAACAAAGGGUGAGUGCUUCCCAGGCAAGGAAGCGAGAGACGAGGCCGCGGGGCUUUGCCAUCUUCCCGCUGCGGCCUCUGCCUCUCUCGCCAAAGGUCCAUCGGUGAAACGCGAAACCCGGAACCAAGCUUCUUUCGUCGCGAAUCUUUUGCGGCAUGCGAGUGGCAAAACGAGUCUCAGACCGAACGCUCCCCCAAACCCUUCGCAGCCUGCGUCCGGCCGCCUGGCUUUUCGUCCUGCCUCUUCUUCGGCGUCUUUCUCGCGAGCUCUGAUGCCGACGGCCCGACCGCGAGACGGAGACGCGGGCGAGGAUCGGGGCGCGGGUCUCGCUUUCCCGCCAAAGAAGAAAUUCGCGUCCCUCGCGAGCGCAGAAUCGAAGCCUUCUGUUCCAGGACUCGCCGGCUCGUCGCGGGGUUCCCAGGCUGCGCCCUACCCGCGGUUUUCUGUCGCUUCCCUGGCGGCGAAGGCGGUCUUGAAGAAGCCGCCGCAACGCGAAGGCGAGCAGGCACUGCGGUGUUCUCAGAGCGGAACUCACGGAACCGACGAGAAGGCCCGCGAGCGAGGAGAAAGUUCGCCUUUCACUGGGGACAGCGCGGGAAGUGGAGACGCGCGCCGACGAGACACACAGGUGUACGUGCCUUUGGCGGAACGUCUGCGGCCUACGUCGCUAGACGAGUUUGUCGGGCAAACGGAAAGCAUCCAAGGAGGCCGCGGGUCGGUUCGAGAGCUCAUGGAGGCUGGUCACAUUCCCUCAUUGAUUCUCUGGGGUCCUCCGGGCUGCGGCAAGACGACCCUCGCGCUUCUGGCCGGGCGGUGCACGAACCGAAAGUCGCCGCUCUCUCUGCCUCCCGUGUUCAAAAAGAUGUCUGCUGUGACUUGUGGAGUGAACGACGUGCGGAAGGUUGUUCAAGAGGCUCUCACGCUUCGGGCGACGACGAAGCAGAAAACCAUUCUCUUCCUCGACGAAAUCCAUCGCUUCAACAAGGCGCAACAGGACGCGCUGUUGCCCCACGUCGAGAGUGGAACGGUCACUCUCAUUGGCGCCACGACGGAAAACCCGUCUUUUGAAGUCAACCGAGCACUUCUCUCACGCUGUCGCGUUUGCAAGCUGGAGCCUCUCACCGAAGACAACCUAACGGUCAUUCUCCAGCGCGCGGCGAAAGAGGAAAACGUGACGGUCACCGAGGCAGCCGUCCGGGUGCUCUGCAGACUGGCCGACGGCGAUGCCAGGCGUGCCCUCAACAUGCUAGAGAACGCAAUCCACCACGAACGCUCAGAGGUAAAAACCAAGGAUGCAAGCAAGCAGCAGCGCGAGGCAUGCCCACAGCCUCUCCAUUCUUCUUCCCCUCCUCCGUCAGCCUCUCCUCCGUCCCCCUCUCCGUCCCAAGCGCCUCCCGGGUGUUUGAGUUCUCGAGAAGACGGCGUCUGUCGCGAGAGACAGGAGACUGUUGUGGAUGUCUCUUCUCUGGAGAGCGUAGCAACGAAAUCUCAUCUCAUUUAUGACAAGAAUCGGGACUGCUACUACGACUUGAUUUCUGCUCUUCAUAAGAGUGUUCGGGGAAGUGACGAACACGCCGCAGUGUAUUACCUCACCCGGAUGCUCGAAGCGGGUGAAGAUCCUCUCAAGAUUGCUCGCCGUAUUGUCCGAAUGGCGUCUGAGGAUAUCGGGCUGGCAGAUCCUUCAGCUUUACCCCUCUGUGUCGCAGCCUACCAGGCGUCGCACUUCACAGGAAUGCCCGAAUGUUCGACGGCUCUCGCCAUGGCAGUCAUCUAUCUGUGCAAAUGCCCAAAAUCCAAUGCCGUUGACCUGGCGUACAGUAAAGCCAAGAGUCUCAUCCAGGAACAUCCAGAUGCACCAGUUCCGCUUCAUCUUCGGAAUGCUCCCACGAAACUCAUGGCGCAACUUGGCUACGGGCGCGGCUACGUCCACACCAACCAGCCUGCGGCGACUCUGCCGCAGUUCCAGUCUGCGGACUAUCGCGCACAAACGUACCUCCCCGAGGCGCUCCUCGGCACCAAAAUCGUUCCGAAUAUAGGCCGACCCGCCUCUCGGGGUGGCUGGUGUCCACAGUAG